AUGGAAGACACAGGAGGCGAGGGGGGAACAGUCCUCAAUUGUGCUGGUACUUUAGAAACUUUAAAGGAACGAAAAAGUGAUCCUUCUUCAGCACGUUAUGGGAGUACCACAUCCCGAGACAGUGCUUCCAAAGCAGCAUCUUUGUAUCAUACGAUAACAGGCAAAGUGUUAGGUUCUCGUGAUUCUGAUAGACCUGAAAUUUCUUCUGGAUCAGAUAUGGCUGCCCAGCCACAACAUCUACAUCAUCAUUUACCUCCUCCCCCUCCUCCCACUUCAAGAAGAUCACAAUCUCAUCCGGAAGAUGUACCAGGUACUUCUGAAUUUGUGGGGACUGUUGGUUGCAUGGAUGUAAGAGAAAGGUUAGAAAGUCAUCUAAAGGAAAAGUUGCAUGAUAUGAUGGGUCGAUCUGCUCUUGUAGGGCGCAUCAUACGACCUGGCUCAGUUGGUGAGAAGAGUGAUGAUAAAGGAAUGCUUUCAAAUGAGGAAGGUGAAUACCAACGCAUAUCUGAAGCUACUACCACCUCCCCUGUUAGUGAUGGUUCUGUAGGAGGAGUAACAAAACAAGCUGUUCGUGCACUUAUUCAUAGGGAACCUACAACUGCAGCUAGUACUCCUACUUCUCCUCAUCGUCAUCGUGACCAUUUAACAAAAAUGGUUCGUUUAUAUCCUGCAUCAGACACAGAGGACAGUGUCUUUUAUACUGCUGAUGACAGAGACAGUGGAAGUAAGUCCAGAAAGCAAAAUUCUUGUGAAAGUCUAACAUUGAGUACUGUGUCUGUCAACAGUCAAAGAUCAUCUAUGGACUUAGGGGAUAGAAAAACUCUUGUUGUUGUUAUUGGUACCAGUAGCAAAGGUGCCCAAACACGCUUGAUGCAAAAGCAGAGAUCUUGGGAGACAUUUCCUCCAAAGAAACGUGGUAUCGAAGAAAGAGGAGAUGGUUAUCGGAAAUUUAGGGAUCCUGAUUCAUUUAGAAGUGGUUUUGAAUGUCGGCCACAAGAUGGAGGAAGUCAAGGGAGUAUAGGUGUUAGAGGGGAAACUGGGGGACUGAAGAAAGCAGAUAGUUUUGAGGGGCAUGAAGAAGCUGUGAGAACAUUAGUUGCUGCUGUUCAGGAAACACGAAGUCAGCACUUACAACAACAAAGAAAACAAUCACAACCAAAAUCCAGCAGCAGUUAAGUUUAUUACUUUUAUUUCCAACAGAAACUCGCGUAACACCAUUAUUUAAUCAGAGGUCUGAUUCACUGGUUAUGUAUGUAUACACACGUUUAUGUAAAUGGGUAUCCGGAGCAAUUAUGUAUAAAAUGCUUUUGUAAAGAGAUGUUUAGUAGGCUAUAUUAUAUUGGAACUAAAGCAAAUGAAAGUACAAGGCUGUAUGAAUUAAGUACUUGCAGAUUCGGUCUUUCCUUAUACCCUUACCUCAUUCUUUUCCAAAGAUCUUGUUAUUACAGUUCUACAUAUCUAUAUUUCUCUGAUAGAUGAGAAAUUGGCUUUAAUUAUUCCUGUGACAAGGGAUUUGAGUGAACAGAAAUUCACUUUUCUUUAUUGUUAUAAUUUAAUUAAUCAUCCCAAAGAAUAAUUAUAAAGAUAAAUUUCCAUUAUUUUUAUGUUCUAUUAUAAUUAUUAAAGAAAUGCACUAUUUCUACACUACAGCCUAUUUCUUCAGCUAGAAUUGAGAUUCAGUAUAUGUAAGAAUUUCAGUAUUUUAUAAAAUUACACUGAAAACAAUUACUUUUGUAGGUAUCAUUCCUUUAAGAUGCAAAUGGAUAUUUCUUUUAAAACAAGUGCUUUCAUAUUAUUUGGGGAACAGGCCAUGACAAUCAUUGGGAUAUCCUGUUAAAUCUGAAAACAGGCAUGUGUUUCAAUAUUUUUUAAAGUUUCAAAACAGGAUUCACCGUAUAUGCAUAAUAUUAUAGUUUCAUGUGUUUAAUUUUCUUCUGAUUAUUUUGUACUAGAGUGUCAUUGACAUAGAAAUACUAAAGGUGUUCAAAUUUGACCUGGACUUUUAUUUUUAUAAAUUACUACCAAUUUAUGAUCCUCCCUCUUCAAUAGACUUGAGUACAUGUUUUGAUAAUGUGAAGAAUUGAUAAUUAAGACCUGAAUAGCCAUAGUUGUCCCUAGAUCUGAAACUUUAAAAGAGCUACAAACUUCUGAGACUUAGUUAAAGUACUCUACAUUAUAGUAAGUUUUAAAAUUCUUGGGAGAUAAUAUAAGCAUUUGAGGUUUACCCUCUGUUUUGGGACGUCUAUGUGCACAACUAUCUUCAUAUAAUUCCUAGAAUAUUUCAAAAAUGAGAUUAUCCCUUGUCAUAUCCUGUUAAAAAGUAAUAAUUCAAAAAAAAUACAGAAGCAGAUUUCUGUGUUUGACAGUGAGAUAGUUCCUGCCAAUCUCAAUGCUUGGCAUUUCACCUGAAUUGAAAAAAACUGCUUGUUCUCUUUCAUAACAGCAUUUCUGCAAUGUAGUGGGAUAUCAAACAUAAGCAUGCUUACAUAAUUUGUAUAAAAAUACAUUGAUGAAAUUGUAUUUCUCUCUGCUGUAGAAAUUAGACAAAGAAUGUCACCAAGCAGCAUGAUUAUGUACAUACAUAUAUCUAUAUUAUUAGAUUUGCUCCAAGAUGUAAGGUUUCAGAAACAAGUAUACAAUCUUCCAAUAAAAUUUUGUUGGGAGCAUAGAUUAUUUACUAAUUCAUUCUGACAAGAAAAAUAAAACCUGGUCAAAUGUGAAUGACCUGCAAACAUCAUGCUGUUUAGAAAUACAUUUACUGUUACAUGUGAAACACAUCUUGUAUAAUCUUUUUUCUUUGUAAUGUUGAAGUGUGUUUGAUAUACUAAACACUCAUUUGUAGAAAAGUAAAGAACAGAUAAAACAUAGUUAUUUAGGUACUCAUGCAUUGUAUUGUAUGUAGUGUAUUGCAUUUCAUUAUUCUGCAUUAUUUUGCAUUCAAUACUGUGAUGUAUAACAUACUGGUAGUUUAGUAAUGCCCAAGAUACUAUUUUAGGUCAUAUGCAGUCAAGACUCAAAUGAUUUCGAUGUGUUGGAAUUGUGCAAACAUUGUUUCCCCAAGUAAGCAAAACAAAACAAAAAACAAACAAAAAAACAACAUCAAUUGCUUCCUUUUGUUUUUCUUGGGCAUAAUUUAUGAAAGAGCUAUGGUAAUGAAAGAAAAUAAUUGGAGGAAAUGGUGGAAGGGAUGUAAAAAUAUAAUUUCUGUACAGGGAGAGAGUGCUUCUUAUUAACAAUUUGCUAUAUUUUGAACAUGUGUUCAGAAAGAUAAUAUCCUUUUUAUUUCCAUUGUAGUCCUUUAAAAGCCAUAUAUUACCUGAAAUGUUUUUCUUAUUAAUGUUAUCUCAAUCCGUAAGUUUUCUGGUGUUGAGA